GGCUCGGACGCCGGAGCCCGGGCGACGCCGCGAUCGCAGCGGCCAUGGGGGCCCUGACGAGCCGGCAGCACGCGGGCGUGGAGGAGGUGGACAUCCCGUCCAAUUCCGUGUACCGCUACCCGCCCAAGUCCGGCAGCUAUUUUGCCAGCCACUUCAUCAUGGGAGGCGAGAAGUUUGACUCCACACAUCCAGAGGGUUACCUGUUUGGUGAGAACAGCGACCUGAACUUCCUGGGAAACAGGCCAGUGGCGUUCCCAUACGCUGCCCCGCCUCCCCAAGAACCUGUGAAGACCCUGAGAAGCCUGAUCAACAUCCGGAAGGACACGCUGAGACUUGUCAAAUGUGCUGAGGAAGUGAAGAGCCACGGAGAAGAGGCAGGCAAAGCUAAGGUCCACUACAACGUUGAGUUCAUCUUUGACACAGAUGCCCGGGUAGCCAUCACCAUCUACUACCAAGCCACUGAGGAAUUCCAGAAUGGAAUUGCCAGCUACAUUCCAAAAGACAACAGCCUGCAGUCAGAGACCGUGCACUACAAGCGAGGGGUGUGCCAGCAGUUCUGCCUGCCCUCCCAUACUGUGGACCCCUCCGAGUGGACCGAAGAGGAGCUUGGCUUUGAUCUGGACCGAGAGGUCUACCCUUUGGUGGUGCAUGCUGUGGUGGAUGAAGGAGAUGAGUAUUUUGGCCACUGCCAUGUGCUUCUGGGCACUUUUGAGAAGCACACAGACGGGACCUUCUGUGUUAAGCCUCUCAAGCAGAAGCAAGUGGUGGAUGGGGUCAGCUACCUUCUCCAGGAGAUCUACGGGAUUGAAAACAAGUACAACACUCAAGAUUCCAAGGUGACAGAGGACGAGGUCAGCGACAACAGCGCUGAGUGUGUGGUGUGUCUCUCUGACGUCCGCGACACUUUGAUCCUGCCCUGCCGGCACCUCUGCCUCUGUAACACCUGCGCAGACACCCUGCGCUACCAGGCCAACAACUGCCCCAUCUGCCGGCUGCCCUUCCGGGCACUGCUUCAGAUCCGAGCCAUGAGGAAAAAACUGGGCCCCCUGUCUCCAGGCAGCUUUAAUCCCAUCAUCUCUUCCCAGACCUCGGACUCUGAGGAGCAUUCAUCCUCAGAGAAUAUCCCACCAGGCUAUGAAGUGGUGUCUCUCCUGGAGGCCCUCAAUGGGCCCCUCACCUCAUCCCCAGCAGUACCUCCCCUUCACGUCCUUGGAGAUGGCCACCUCUCAGGAAAGCUACCGUCCUAUGGCAGUGACGGCCACCUGCCCCCUGUAAGGACACUGUCCCCCCUUGACCGCCUGUCUGAUUGCAACAGCCAAGGACUCAAACUCAAAAAGAGUCUCUCCAAAUCCAUUUCCCAAAAUUCUUCUGUGCUUCACGAAGAGGAAGAUGAGCGCUCUUGCAGCGAGUCAGACACUCAGCUCUCUCAGAGGCUGUCAGUCCAGCAUCCUGAAGAGGGACCUGAUGUGACUCCAGAGAGUGAGAACCUCACCCUGUCCUCCUCAGGGGCUGUUGACCAGUCAUCUUGCACAGGGACUCCGCUCUCUUCUACCAUCUCCUCCCCAGAAGACCCAGCCAGCAGCAGCCUGGCCCAGUCAGUCAUGUCCAUGGCUUCCUCCCAGAUCAGCACUGAUACCGUGUCCUCCAUGUCUGGCUCCUACAUCGCGCCUGGCACAGAAGAAGACGGAGAGGCCUUGCCUUCCCCCCGAGCUGCUAGCAGGGCCCCUUCAGAAGGAGAGGAGACACCAGCAGAGUCCCCAGACAGCAAUUUUGCUGGCCUUCCAGCUGGAGAGCAGGAUGCAGAGGGAAAUGAUAUCAGAGAGGAAGAAGACAGAUCACCUGUGCAAGAAGAUGGCCAGAGGACAUGCGCAUUUCUAGGCAUGGAGUGUGACAAUAACAAUGACUUUGACGUCGCAAGCGUGAAAGCACUGGACAAUAAGCUGUGCUCUGAGGUCUGCUUACCCGCCGCAGUUCCGGAGUCCUGCCCCAUAAACAUUGAGGAAUAGGUGCCUGGCAGCAUGAUGAUAACAUUGUCAACCGUCGCCAUGCCCAGCGCCGGCGCUUAUCCUCCAGCAGCCUGGAGGACCCUGAGGAGAACAGGCCUUGUGUAUGGGAUCCUAUGGCUGUCUGAGGGCAUCUGCACCCAUACCUGCACUUCCCCUCCUGUCCUUGCUGUCCAUCUGUCCUCACUGGACCACAGGCCUUCUGAGCACCUUCAACAAGACGUGGACUUUAUACUCAUAUGCAGGGAGGACAGUGAGCAUCUCUGCCCACCUCAUCUCCUGUAACCGUGAUUCUUACCCUCUCAGAAAGAACCAGAAGCCUUCCUCCUGUGGGAUGAUGCGUGCCAGCCAAACCCAGUGGGCCAGUUGAGCUAAGGGUCAGGGCUGGUUGUUUCUGUAGCCUUUUCUCUUCUGAGUGGAGCCCAAGAAGACUGAAGGGUUUGGCAGCUUUGUUAGACACCUGUGGACAGGUUUUGGUCUCCGGCACCUCAUAAGCAAUUAGAAACCUAACUUGAGGCAGUCAAGAACUGGCUCCAGAACGCCAGGAGCUCCUUACCCGAGCCUAAGGGAGAGGGUAGCUGCUGAAGUGUUGGUUGGAAGCCAGAGUUGGUCUCCUGCACCUCCUGUAUCUGCAGUUAGGAAGAUCCCCUGCAAGGCCUGUCCUCAGGUGCAGUCAGGAAGGCCUGCUGAGCCACCAUGCAGUGCAGGGGCUGGCUCUUCCCAUGUCUCCACUACAGCCACUGAGGGGGAGUCUCAAACCCAGCUAACCACUUCUCUGACUCCUUUGUCAGAGCUGAAGAACUAGGCUAAGCUGAGGCCCAGUGGUUCUCAAACUGGUGCACAGGAACACCAAAGGCAUGGCAGAGGCUCUGGGGCCAGAGGAUUAGAAGACCUCCCUACCCUAGUGAUUCCUCCCUGCCUUUCAGAUGGGAUCCAGUCAGCACUCAGACAGAAGCCAUGGCAGCAAGCUAGCAGGAGACUGUUGGGUGGCACACCUUUCUUGUUCAGUCAGUGGGUUUUACAUGGCUCUAAAGUAGAUGCCUGUCUACUGGCUUUUGGAACAUGUUAUUCAGUGGAACAUGAGAUGGCUUAAGGACAGUUACUUAUGAAGGUGAGGUUUGAGGGGCUUUUGACUUGUGUGGUCCAAGAAAGGUUCUCCCCCCUUCAAAAAAACCACCAGUGCCCAGGACCCUGAGGGGAGGGGAGGGGAGGGGUGGAGAGUCUGGCCUCAAACUUGCAAUGGAGCUGGGGAUGACCUUGAACUUCUGAUUUUCCUGCCUGUACUGCCCAAACAUUAGGAUUACAGGCCUGCACCAGUACACGACCCUCCUUUCCGUGGGAAUCACUGUCAGGGAGAGCCUGCUGUGCUGCCUGGAGAGUGAUAGGCUGAGCUUGAGACCCCGAUCGCCCUUUCUGAACACCCUGCCAUUUCAAUCCCUACUUCAUGCCUUUUACUUCCCCAACAUUUCGACAGCCCCUCUCAUCCUUAAGAUUUCCACCAGUGUGAGCUGAGCAAUAACCUCACUUCCUCAAAGAACAGAGCAGAAGCAACAAGGAAGUUCCCUUAGCCUGGGCUGGCUGCACAUAGACCCACCUCCCCCCUGGCAGGAGAAGGUAAGAGGUAUUCACAGUGCUGUGACCUGGGAGGAGCAGGGGAAGAAGCUGGGAUGAAGGACAUUCAGGUAAACAGCCACAGUGGCCAGGAACCCUCAAAAAAAGCCAUUAUAAUCAGCCCUUCCCUCUUCCCUCACAAGUGCUCAGGCUGAAUUCCAUAAUCCAGGCCCCCAGGUUAGCGGCGUACCCUUUGCUUAGUUCAACCCCUCAAUCUGUCCUUUUACUUCUUAGCAAGCAGAAAUAGCCCAUUCACAGGGUUAGCUCUCAGUCAGCUGCCACACUCAACCCAGUCUAUUUGGAAAUAAUCCCUUUGUCGGGUCCAAGCAUAGGGUCGGGCACGUUCUCCUGGUGCCUUUGGCGCCUCACCACACUACAUCUGCACCUUUCCAUGCUUGGUACUGUAGCCAUCUCUGUCUCCUCAAAGAACCUUUUUGCUUUACCUAACUUCAUCCCACCAGAGUUUUUACCCCCUGUGGCAUCUGCCGGGCACAAACCCAAACACUAAGCCAUCUCACUGGGGAGCAAGUCCUGUCCACCUGGUGUUGGCGUGCUGGUUGCUCACUUCGUUUUAGGGCCUGCACACCUGGUGUGUGCAAGUUGGUUGUGUGUGUGUGUGUGUGUGUGUGUGUGUGCGCGCGCGCGUGCGUGCUGUCUUUGCCAUCUGUGUACCCCUCACACUCCCUGGAGUACACUUGUGGGCACGUUACAGUGGGGACAUCAAGAUGCAAUAUUUAUGGAUUGCUGCAUGAUUCUUAAAAGUGAAUAAAACUGUUUACAGGGGCAGGGGAGCCAUUAACUACAA